AUGCCAAUGCCUUGUCGCACUCAAAGAUAUAAAUAUUGUUUCACUGUCAUUGUUUGCCUACCUUAUCUUCACCUCACCAAUUUUGGUUAUCUCAAGACCAAUAUCAUCCCACAUUUCAGUAACCCCAAUCACAACAGCAACAUGCAGCUCAAGUCCCUCUUCGUCGUCAUGGCCGGCCUGAUGGCCUUCGCCGCAGCGGCACCCGCUGAAGCUGAAGCCAGAGACACCGCGAACGUUCAAGCCAGAAAGUCCUGGACCGCGGAAGGCGGCUGCAAGACCGACUGGGCUGGUCGGUGCAACGCGCAAUGUAUCGGUGAGGGUGUGAGAUCUCAUGGAUGCAAGAAGAGCGAUAUCAGCUCGGGCAUUGAAUCGUCGCACUGUUUUUUUGGCUGGAAUAUUUGCAAGUGCUCUUGCUAG